ACCCCAGUCAAUGAAUAGCAAGAGCGCGCGGACUCCACACUAAACUUUACUCACAACUCUGAAGAAGUGUGUGCUCGCAUCGUCUGUUAUAAUGGCUCCAGUACUUCACCCGACCUGUACAGCUUUACUUCUCCUCUCUCUUAUUGGAGUAUGUUUCACUCAUUCUGCAAGGGGUUUUUGUCACCACCGUCAGAUGUCACCACCGUCAGCAGAUGGAGUGAGAUCUGAACUCCGCAUUUUCCAUCACUCAUGUGCCCUGAAGAAACAUGAAGGGCCCUGCAAGGCAAUAAUGGACAGAUUUUACUUCGACAUUGACACAGGUCGCUGCGAGGCCUUUGAAUAUGGAGGUUGUCAAGGCAAUGCCAACAAUUUCGAGACCCUGGAGGAAUGCGAGAAAAUGUGUGUUGUGAAAGAGAAUAAAAGCCCAUGCCAUCUGGAGGAUGAGCCCGGGCCAUGCCGAGGUCUGGUGCCACGCUACUUUUUCGACAGCAAGAGCCAGGAAUGCAAAAUGUUCUUUUAUGGUGGUUGCUUUGGGAAUGCCAACAACUUCAAGACCAUCAAGGAAUGCCAGGCCAGAUGUCAAUCGGACUCAAACCACAUGGACCUAAAUGCACCAUCAAAGCCAGUAGAAGAAGCCAAACCUGCUACAGAAAUCAUUGUUAAACAUGUUACUUUAGAAGUGGUGCCUUUGAAUGCAACCCAUUUGUCCCUGGCAAAGGAGUCACCACGAGCUGCACAGGAAGCAGAGUUCACUCCUCCUGAAUUCUGCAUGAGUCCGGCUGAUAGGGGCCAUUGUGAUGGAUCAGAGAGAAGAUUCGUUUACAAUCCCAGGACUCGGAGAUGCCAGAUGUUUCGCUACAGUGGCUGUGGAGGCAACAAAAACAAUUUUGCCCACAAGAGACACUGUAUGAAAAUGUGCAUGAAAGAUCACAGCAGAAGGCAAAUACGAAUUAAGACGAGGAACUCAAACAUCUUAUUGCCAUCUAGCUAGGAUGUAAAUUUCUCACAAUACUGAUACGACCCCAUCUUGGGCAAGGCUGAGACAUAAUUUGGGGCUCGUCUGGGAUCUUAACCUAGAACCUUUGCACCCCAAGUGAGAAUCAUAUACAGAGACUGCAUCACUGGAUGAAUCCAAUGCAAAUCCAAAUUAUCAACACUGCACUCCAGCAACAGUUGUGUCUGGCACACUGUUGAUACAUUUUUGCCAUCCAUAAUUCAGAGUUAUUGAAUAUUUACCUGCGUUUUAAAUGUAAUGGCGUUGUAUGUAUUUUAUGUGCGAAACACAUGAUUGUUUAGCCCAGGGGUUCUCAAAGUCCGGACUCCGGUCCGGAUCCGGACCCGACGGCAACUUGAUCCGGACCCGCGUCCACUUCAUAUUACAAGUGCAUUAAUAAUUUCUAUGUGAUUGAUUAAAUGUGUGCAUUUGCUAAUUCACAAUUGCAUAUUAAACUUGUAAACCAUUCGUUUAGUUUUUUCUUCUUUUUAGAUUUAAGAGUAUUCCUGGUCCGAAAAUAAAACGAGUUAUUUAAAAAUUUCCUGUGUGACGCUGUAGCCAUCACACCCAGAUAUUAUGUACAGCUACUUCAUGUACUACGGCUUUUGAUCAGUCCUUACCAAUCACUGUUGGUUUGAGUCGUUUAAAACAUGCAUUUAAAAAAGCAACACUCGUCAAACAUAAUCUUAUACAUAUUCUUUAUUAUCAUGAAAAUACCUGAAAAGGUUUGAAAAACAGCAAUAUAAAUAUAUCCUUAAGACAUUUCCUGAAUCUCCGUGUGUCUGGUUCUUCGUCUGCAGCACAUAUUAAGUUUCUGCCCAAGAGCGCCCCCUGGCUUUUGGAUGUAGCGGCAUUUCACCUUUAUUCGUUGAGAAGCAUGCAUCAUCAGCCAAUUUAUAGGUGCACCCCUAAUUUUGGUCAGUGUCUCUGCCUACCAACCACACUUUUUUGCCAUGGUUUAUGCAUCUGAUGGAGAACAAACUGUGCCAUUUCUCUAAUUAGGUUGCUCUGUAUUUUGCACCUGGUUACUUUUGGCAUAUUUCUUGUGUUUAUUUAAAAAAAAAAUUUUACUUUAAAUGCAAAAUACACUUAUGUUUUUCCCAAACUAUUUGUGUUGAUUUGUUAUAUAAACAAAUGAUUUACAUAAAGUUUUUCCGGACCUAUGAAAAUUAUGGGAAUUCAGAUUUGGACCUUUGAAUGUAAACUUUGAGAACCCCUGGUUUAGCCUAAACAUUCUAUAUUGUUUUCUGGGAAAGUAAGGAAUAAUUAACAUUUAAAAUGACUUAUCCUGUUAUUAACAUUACAGGGGUUUUUUUGUCACAUGUGGGGCUAUUUAACACUACUGAGUAUGUCUAACUAUAAAUGUUUCCUAAGGCUUUUAUAUUCUUCCUUGCUGUAAUUAGUCUUUUUUAUUAUCUCAAUGUUUAGAAAAACUGAUUCAGUAUGUAUGUAAGUUCACUUUUCAACAUUUUUUGUAUACUUGUUUUGGCAUUGUGCUAUAAAUUUGCACAUUGAUAAAUCCAUAGACUUGCGUGAUGUGUGUUUAAGGUACCUUACCAAUAUAAAAAAUAAACUAUUACAUUCUUAAAA